CUGUUGAUGCCGCGAUCGCAACUGAAUUGUGUGUCGGCACGAUCAAUGCAUUUUCCGCGGGAAUUGGAGGUGGUGGCUUAAUGUUGAUUCGUUUGCCUAAUGGAACUGCUGAAUUUAUUGAUUGCCGGGAAACUGCUCCAAAAUUUGCUAAACAAGAUAUGUACAAAAAGAAUAAAACUUUAUCUUCGAUCGGUGGACUUGCUCCAUCGAUUAAAUUAAGUCGUUAUGGAUUUCCCAUACCUCCAGAAUUAGCUCUACGACUAGAGAGUAUAAUAUUGAGUAUUCCAUCAUAUCGUGCUAUUUAUGCACCAAAAGGAAAAAUAUUGACCAAAGGAGAAAUGUUAUAUCGGUUUAAUUUUUCAAAAACUUUGGAGGCUAUUGCCAAUAACUAUACUGAAUUUUACGAAGGAUAUAUCGCAAAAUCAUUGGUCAAUGAAAUCAAUGCUCAAGGUGGAAUUAUUACUUUUGAAGAUUUUGUCAAUUAUCAACCUGUAGUUCGUAAACCUACCGUUGGAUAUUACCCACCUGGAAAGAGACCUCUGUCAUCGACAGUUCCAACAAUUGUUGAAAAUGAAGAUGGUGAAUUGGAAUUAGUACUUGGUGGUAGUGGUGGUUCAAGAAUUCUUACUGCUGUCUUGCAGAAUACACCACCAACUAUUACCAAACGUGGUGAAUAUUUAUUCUCAUUUGGUUAA